AUUCCUUAUUGUUCCUCUCCUUGUUCUUCCUCAAGGUUCUCCACCUGUUCUGCACUGUGAGAGCAGGGAAAGCUCGCUCCAGGAGGAAGGCACAACUAUGAGAAGAGGGGAGCACUACCUAUCGGUCCCUGGAGAGGACAAAAACCUGGACGGGGACCGGAACAACCAUGCUGGGAACAAUGAAUCUAUGCCAAUGAAAAGUCUUGAUGUGAAUGACGGCUCUCUGCUGCAUGCGCCCCUUGGUCCCUACUUCUCUGAUGGACAGCGCCGUGUGGACUAUGUUCUGACCUAUAGCGUCCAGAAGCCCAACGGGGUCCGACGGCCGUCCUCCAAGCCCAGCGAGGGCAACAUGUUUGAAAGGCUACGGCGCAGCAUGAGCACAAGGAGCAGCAAGGCGCCGCUGCAGCCCAGGGAGGACCCGGAGGUCGCCGCCACGGAGCAACAGGAUAAUUAUCAUGAGGGCGACAAGCGCUUCAAGAGGGACGAGUUUGAGCAGAACCUGCAGGAGAUCGGUCUGGAGCUGGAGAAGGAUGAGUCGAGUAAAUUCCCAGGAAUCGGCUUCCUUAAGAUCCACGCUCCUUGGACCGUUUUGUGUAGAGAGGCCGAGAUCAUGAAGCUGAAGAUGCCAACAAAGAAGGUGUAUGAAGUCAAACCAAGCAGCAACAUAGUGGAGAAAAUCCGACGGUUCAUCCACAAAGUCACGGAUCCGCUCCACCCCAAAGUGGGUCCCAAACGGCGGGAAGAUGAGAAAUCGCUCUCGCUUCCUUUUUCAAGGGAGAAGCAACAUCUUUUUGACUUGUCUGACAGAGACCAGUUCUUUGACACCAAGACGAGAAGCUACAUUGUCUCUGAAGUCCUGAAGAGGAUAAAAUGCACCAGACCCAACUACUCUAUGGGGAUCACCAGUCUGCUAGCCAACGGUGUUUACACGUCUGGUUACCCCCUGCAUGAUGGAGACAUUGAGGGGGCUAAUGCAGAGCCUAAUGACAGGAAGCUGCUGUUCGAGGAGUGGGCAAGCUACAGCGUUUUCUACAAGUAUCAGCCCAUCGGACUCAUCAGGAAAUACUUUGGAGAAAAGGUGGGCCUUUAUUUCGCCUGGUUAGGAGUCUACACCCAGAUGCUGAUUCCAGCUGCCAUCGUUGGCGUCAUCGUCUUCCUUUACGGCUGCGCCACCGUCGACGAUAACAUACCCAGCAUGGAGAUUUGCGACCCCAGGAAUAACAUCACCAUGUGUCCGCUGUGUGACCGCGCCUGCAGCUACUGGAAGCUGGUGUCGGCCUGCGGCACGGCUAGAGCCAGCCACCUGUUUGACAACCCAGCAACUGUCUUCUUCUCCGUCUUCAUGUCGCUUUGGGCUGUUCUCUUCAUGGAGCACUGGAAGAGGCGGCAGAUGCGGCUCAACUAUGUCUGGGACCUGACGGAUUACGGGCUGGAAGAGGAGGAGGAACAUAAGGACCACCACAGAGCCGAGUACGAGCUACGUGUUGCAGAAAAGACCAUGAGACAAGAUCAUGGAGCCCCUAAGGAAGAGAAAGUGAAAUUAACGUGUACAGACAGAAUGCCAGCCUAUGCGACGACUGUGGUCAUGAUGGCCUUUAUGAUAGCGGUAACCUUGGCCAUAGUCUUUGGGGUCAUCUUGUACCGAAUCACCAUUAAGACGGCUCUGCACCUGAGCUCCUUCCCCGCGGCGCGCUCCAAUGUUCGAGCCACGGUAAAAACCACGGCCGCCAUCAUGAGUGUCAUCAUCAUCAUCAUCCUGGAUGAGAUCUACGCCUCCGUCGCCCGCUGGCUCACCAGAAUGGAGGUGCCAAAAACAGACAAGAGUUAUGAAGAGCGACUCAUUUUCAAAACGUUCGUCUUGAAGUUCGUCAACGCCUUUUCACCCAUCGUCUACCUGGCGUUUUUCAGGGGCAGACUGGUUGGCAGACCUGGGAAUUACCUCUACGUUGUUGGAUCCUACAGGAUGGAGGAGUGCGCUCAUGCAGGCUGCCUGAUGGAGCUGUGCAUCCAGCUGUGCAUCACCAUGCUGGGCAAGCAGCUCAUCCAGAACAACCUUUUUGAGAUCGGCAUCCCGAAGAUAAAGAAACUGAUGCGGAAGAGGAAGUCAGCCAUGACCUCCAAGCAAGAGGAGGACUUCAACAAAACCCUGAAGCGCUACGAGAAGGAUAACAUCCUGGGUCCGUUUGUUAGCAUCAACCCGGAGUACAUGGAGAUGAUUAUCCAGUUCGGCAUGGUGACUCUCUUCGUGGCGUCCUUCCCUCUGGCGCCGCUCUUCGCUCUUCUAAAUAACAUCAUUGAAAUCCGUCUGGAUGCUAAGAAGUUCGUGAUGGAGCUGCGCAGACCGAUUGCAGCCAAAGCCAAGGACAUCGGUAUCUGGUAUAACCUCCUGAGGGGCCUCAGCAAGGUAGCGGUCAUCGUUAACGCUUUUGUCAUUGCCUUCACUUCCGACUUCAUCCCUCGGCUCGUCUACCAGUACCAGUACAGUCGUGACGGGACGAUGCACGGCUUCGUCAACCACACCUUGUCCUAUUUCAACGUCAAUGACUUUGAGCCGGGUACGGCGCCACAGGAACCAGACCACCUGGGUUACGAGGUGAAAAUCUGCAGGUAUAAGGACUAUAGAGAUCCUCCCUGGUCUGACACUGCAUAUUCCCUCUCCAAGGAGUUCUGGUGCAUUCUAGCUAUCCGCCUCGCCUUCGUCAUCAUCUUCCAGAACGUGGUGAUGCUCAUGAGUGAUUUCGUAGACUGGCUUAUCCCAGACAUCCCCAAAGACAUCAGCCUUCAGAUCCACAAGGAAAAGCUCCUCAUGUUGGAGCAUUUCAUGAAGGAAGAGAAGGGUAAAAGGCUCACGGUGCGAGGCAACGGCAAUCACGACAACUGCACCAGUCCCUCGUCGGAUAACCCCAGCCCGCCGCAGCCACGCUCCCGACCCGUCUUCCACGCCAGAGCCGGAUGGUAGUGUCAGAGAGGAGUCGUUGACGCAUGGCUUCCCUUUUCAUUCGUUCAUCAGUAAAGCUUCUGCUGCUUUUCCAUUCAUUGGGGUUUUAGAGUAUAAAUGAGGUGUUCCUGUCAGAGUCUGUCGUAGGUUUCCAUCUUAGAUGUUGUGCACGCUACGCCGUCCUCUUCCUGCCAGAGAUGCAUCGGUCUCAAACUUUAUUUGAAGUGGAUGAAGCCAUACGGCUCCCUGAGGGACCCGCUUCAGGUUUACCUUUAAGGAAACGGUGCCAAACUACUAAGAGCCAAAGGAGACGACCAUCCCAGCUGCCGGCUCUCUGAUCCACCAACGAGCAGAACGUCCGUCCAAAUCAUUGUCCUGAGAGGAGCCUCUUUUCUUUUCCUCCUGUAUUUGGGGUACAUGUCUCAUUUCAUUGCUGUUGGACAUAUUUAUACAUUUUUAAUAUGCAGACCAACUUGAACUGGUUUCACGUUUAGACGCUGGUUAGUAACUGGUGUUUCCGAGCAACAAGCAGCCCUGAAAGCACAAGACUGGCCGAAUAUUUACUGCACAAACGGAAAGAAAGCCAUGAAUUCAGAUUAGAUGUUAGAUUACUGGUGCAGAACCAGUUUACAGAAACCUGCAGCCAUAUGACUCAGCUCAGACCAUGAACGUCCUGCGACGCACAAACGUCAGGAAGGCAACAUUCACCGUGUAGAUUCCAAUCCUAUCGGUGCUUAGGAUGGAGUUUUAGCAAACGAGAGGAAAGAUUUUCUAGAAAAAAAAGCAAAUCCUCCUCAGAUCGUUCAUCACUUCUGGCUCAGCGGAUGAUUUUUUUAUACAGUCUUUAUUUCUAGUGUCUUACUUUUAAAAUGCUCUACUUUUCUAAAAAUGUUUUCCAUUUGUUCAUCUAAGCAUAAAGCUGCCACUUAAACAGGAACUAAAAGGCCAUAAAAUGUCAAUUUCCAGCUGAGAAGGAUGAGCGGGAUCAAAGAGUUGCUGAUAUUUGGUCGCUGUGGCAACGGGAGGAGAAGUGAUGCUUUGGUUGUUUGGUGUGAAACGAACCUGAAGGUUUAUUUUUCUGCAGACCUUCUCAGCUUUCCACCUCAUAGCAACAAACUCUCUGCCUUAAUACCUACAAAAGUCGUUUUGAAGAUGUCCUCCCAUUCAACGUGCUGCCGGUCUGAUCACACGCGUCUUUUUUUCACCUCGGCCUUAUUUUAACUUGGUAAAAGAUUUUCUUUCUUUUUUUUUUUUUUUUUUUUUUUUUUUUUUUUUACUAUUCUCGCAUCUUUUUAGCAAUUCUCUCUGAAAGACUGAAUUUUUUUAGUUGUUUGGUUUUCUGUCUGUUCAAGCGAAAUAUGGGAGCGACUGGAUGUUUCACAGGUGAGAGCGGGUGAACAGGUUACCAUGGAAACUCCCAGCUCAGACUGAUGGAAUGUAUUUGUUUUUAUAUCUUAACUUAUGUAAAAGGACUCUGAUUAAAAUGUCUCUUUUGGAUGAUAAUGAUGACAUGGCAUUUCUCUUUCUAAAGGACUCAAUGACUCAGCAACAGCCUGCUACUCCUAUACAGCUUGUCUCUUUAAUAGUUAGUGCUGAAACCAUAACCUGGAUGAGAAAAGCAGAAUCGUGAGUCAGUAAAGCUGUUUGUUUUUAUUGUUUUUGUGUCUGAAGCAUUCAAAGCGGGGCUGAUGAUCACAGCCUCGUUAAGCACACCUGCUUUUACCGAGACCUGCCUCCAUCUUUGUCUGAUGUGACGCUGUCCUCUACCCUCGUUGUUUCUAACAGCUGCUGGGAUAUUUUAGUGUGCAGCCGUGAGUGUAUCUGCAUGUGUAAUCAUUUGUCUGUGGUAUUUUGUUCAUGUGUAGAAUCUGCUAAUAAAUUAUGGCUGAGUUGCUCUUUGUUAGGA